AUGUCUUCACCGGCAGUCAGCAAAGCUCCCAAAAAGCUUGCUUCCAAGACUGGAACUCCAUCCAAAACUCGCAAGGGUUCCGGCUCGAGCGCGGCCCCCAGUGUAGCUGAGAGCCCCAAGUCCGUGAAGAAGACGCCCUCCCACAAACUCACCCCGAAAGCCCCGAAGCCCAUCGACGAUGACCUUGAAGAGCAAUCUUUGCCAGAGACACCAUCGCCAAAGUCGAAGAAGAAGUCUGCUUCUUCCGAGCAACGCCGCCCCAUAUCCCCACCAGACGAUGCUAUAUCUCAAGCUUCUGGAUCUGCUGCCCCUCUUAGCGGCGGUGGUAGUUUCUCUGGGCUCGCUGGUAAAGCUAAGGGCUUUACUGGUUUGGCCAAAGAUACCGUUGCCAAGGGUGCUGGCGCUGUCAAGAAUGCCAUUCCUUUCAACCUGUCUGCCCUGAAGGGCCUUCAGGUUGCCGAUGGUGGUAAGAUUCUUGGACAGGAUGGCAACCCACUCGGUGAAGUAGUGGAAGGUGACGAGGAAGACUUGGUUGGCCAGACUGUUGGGGAUGAUGGUGAGAUCCUCGAUGAGGAUGGUGACUUGAUCGGUCGUGUGGACAUUCUUCAUGAGUUGGCUGAACAAGCCACCAAUGAAUCUCCGACAUCUAAGCUGGAUGAUGAGCUAAAGAAUGUUGUUACCGAUCUUGCCCAGCUUGAAGGCCUCUCUAUUUCAGAUGGAGGUGUUAUCAAGAAUUCCUCGGGUCAUGUCGUUGGCAAGAUUGUUGAGGGCGACCCUGAAGAUCUCAUCGGUUACACAUUGAACGAUGAGGGCGAGAUUGUUGACGAUGAAGGCGAUGCUAUCGGUCGCGCUGAGCUUGUGCCUGUUGAAGAGCAGAAGAAGGCUAUCGAGGGGACUGUUGGCGACGCCAAUGGUACCCUGAAUGGUAUUAAGGAGGACGUCGAGGAUGCCGAGGAUGGCCUGCCCACUGAUCAAGCAGAUGACGUCGUUAAUCAGGCAAAGUCGACUGCCGAAGAUGUUGCUGAGGGUGCGGAGGACGCUGUCCCUGAUGUCGACGAUGUCGCCUCUGAUGCCGAAGACGCCUUCCCCGACACCAAGGAUGUCGAGGACGCAGUCCCUGGCGUUGAAGAAGCUACCUCUGACACCGGGGAUGUUCUCCCAGACACCGAAAAUCUCGAUAAAGCAGCCCCAGAUGCUGAUGGUGUCGCUAAAAAGGCCGAGGAUGCCGUUCCCGACACUGACGGUGUCGAGGGCGCUGCUCCUGAUGUUGAUGAAACCACUAAAAAGGCUGGGGAUGCUUUCCCCGACACUGAAGAUGUCGAUGAUGCCGUUUCUGGUGUUGAUGAUGUUGCCGAAAAAGCCGAGGAUGCUGUUCCCGAUGCUGAUGAUCUCGAUGAAGCCGUUCCUGAAACUGGCGAUGUUGAAGAUGCAGUUCCAGAUGUCGACGAAGUCAAAGAGACAGCCGAAGAUACCGUCGACGACGCUCAAGAAACCGCUGAAGAUGCAGCUGAAGAUGCUCAGCUACGCAUCCCAGAUCUGGAUACCCUAGAGGGCUUGACCUGCAAUAAGCGUGGAUGGGUCAUCGACCAGACUUCUGGAAAGCCCGUCGGUGAACUUGUUGAAGGUGACCCUAAGAAAAUUUCGAAACUCGGCGCCAAGCUCGACGAGAAGGGACAGUUCUGGGAUAAUAAGGGCAACGUCAUCGGUAAGGUGAAGGCUCUCCCCGUGAAUGAUGACCAAGAUGAGGAGGGACCUUUCUCCGGCCUUGAAGGUCUUGUCGUUGUUCAGGAUGGCUGGAUUGAGGAUGAGAACCAGACUCGCGUCGGCAGACUUAUUGAAGGUGAUGCAAAAAAGCUUCUCGGUCGCGGCGUUGACGAAGAUGGUGAAGUCCUUGAUCGCCGCGGCAGUGUUAUUGGUCGUGCUGAGAGAUGGGAGGAGCCUGAGCCUGAGCCUGAGGUUGAGGAGGUACCAGACUUGUCUAUCCUCAACGGUCUUUCUUGCAACAAAGCUGGAUAUGUCAUUGGAUCUGAAGGAUUCCCUAUUGGCCGUGUUGUUGAGGGUAACCCCAAGGAACUCACCGGCAAGAAGAUUGAAGACGGCGAGAUUUACAGUGGCAAGAAGGUCGUUGGCCGCGUGGAGCUCAUUCCGGAUGACGAGCUUGAAAAUAGACCUGAAGGCCCAUUCGCCGGCAUGGAGAGUCUGUACGUGACCAAGGAUGGCUUCGUGGAGGAUGAUGAAGGUGCAAUCGUUGGCAAGUUGGUUGAAGGCGAUGCAAAGAAACUCCGUGGUCGUGCUGUUGAUGAAGACGGCGAGAUCACAGAUAAGUACGGCAAUGUUAAGGGCCGUGCUGAGCCUUACGAGGUUCCCGAAGAAGAGGAGGAGGUGCCUGAAGAAGAGGAUCUGUCUGCUCUUGAAGGAAAAGUCGUCAACAAGAUGGGCAAUGUCGUUGAUCCUGCUACUGGUGCUGUCGUCGGUCGUAUUGUCGAAGGCGACAAGCGUCUAGCUGGUCGCAAGGUCGACGGUAAGGGUCAGAUCUGGGGCGACAACGGCCAAAUCAUCGGUCGUGCAGAGCUCAUCCCUGGAGCCGAGCAACACAAGGCUGAAGGUCCAUUCUUUGGUUUUGAUAAUGCCGAAGUUGGAAAGGACGGCGUCAUCAUUGAUGCUGGACGUAUCAUCGGACGUUUGAUUGAAGGUGAUGCUAAGCGCCUCCUUGGCCGCAAGGUUGAUGAGGAUGGUGAUGUUAUAGACAAGAAUGGCAACACUAUUGGUAAAGCUGAGCGCUGGGAGCCGGAGGAGAAGAAGCGCGAUAUCAAUCCUAUGUCUGGCCGUAAGGUCAACAAAGAGGGCGAAGUUCGCGAUGCUGAUGGCAACCUUAUUGGCAAGCUCACUUCUGGAAACGUGGCUACCCUGGCUGGCAAGUCUAUUGAUGACAAUGGAUAUGUUGUUGACAACGAUGGCAACCGCGUCGGCGAGUGCACUCUUCUCGAGAACAUCCCCGAACCCGAAUCCGAACCCGAACCCGAACCUGAGCCCGAGGUUGAGGAAGGUCCUUCACCUGAAGAGCUCGAGGCUCAAGCCAAGGCUGAACAUGAUCGUGAUCUCGCCAGAAAGAUGAGCAACAUCUUAUCCCAGACUAUCGAGCAGGUCAAGCCAAUUUGCAAAAUGAUUACCGAGAAACUCGACAAAGCUGAUCGCACACCGAAGGAGGAACUCGACGAGGAGAAGCUGGUUAAGGAUGUAAAGCCACUUAUCGAAGAGGGAGGCCGCAUCUUGCAAGAAUGCAACGGCGCCAUCCGAGCGCUCGAUCCUGAUGGCCGCAUUGCUGCAACUGCCAAGGCUCGCGCCUCUUCUAAGGAUGCUACCCCCGAGGAGUACCAACUGGCUGAUCAGAUCAAGGAGUUGACUGAGACGGUUGUGAAGACCAUUGACAAUGGUCGCAGGCGUAUCGCUGAUAUGCCACAUGCCAAGAAGAAACUGAACCCUCUUUGGGGCUUGCUAUCUGAGCCAUUGUUCCAGAUCAUUGCUGCUGUUGGUCUACUGCUGAACGGUGUGUUGGGACUUGUUGGUCGUCUCUUGGAUGGUCUCGGUCUUGGUGGUCUUUUGAACGGUAUCCUAGGAGCUUUGGGUUUGGAUAAGAUCAUCAACGGCUUAGGUCUUGGUGGUAUCACUGACGCUUUGGGUCUCGGAUCAAAAUGA